CCCCCCGGAUUUCUUCACUACCUUCUCCCACCUUCUUCUUCCAGGAAUGCUUGCGGAGUUCUCUCAGAGAGAGAGCGCGAGAGAGACAGAGAGAGAGAGAGAGGGAGCGAGCGAGCGAGCGGUGUGGUGUUUGUGUGUGUCCUCUUCUAUACUUCGGUGCGGUGCUCUUCUAUCUACCCGUAUUCCUAAUUCUUGUGUGUAUAUCAGGGUCGAUUGCCCCCUGUGAUCUCAUUCCCUCCCUUCCAGUUUACCACCUCCUCGAUUCCCAGUAGGCAGAGAGUGUAACCCUUCUCCCCUCUCCCCUCUCGCUCAUCCCUCAUCAGCCUGCUGCUGCUGUUCUGCUUGCUCGCCCUGCCUUGCCUGCGUGCAGGCGCCCCGUCCCCUUCUCUCUCAAACUCUCUCUCUCUCUCCCUCUCUUCCACCUGCCCGUGCCUGUGCGUAUAUAUCAAAGGAAGAAACCUCGAUCUGUCCUUCUAGUUUCGGGUCUUGUUUGAGUACCAGCCCUCGUCAGUCCGCUAGCGAGGAGAGAAGACGUAGAAGAGCAGACGAGCACGCGAGAGUUGUUGGAGAGGAAAGGAAGGCGCGCGUGUAGGCUCUCUUUUCAGUCUUGAAACUACUAGUCGGUGUCUUCCACUACUACUAGUCUUGGGGUUUCCUUCCAUCUAUCUUUCUGACGAGCUUUUCAUCAGGCCCGCGCGCUGCGCUGAGGCUUGCGCAUCAAAUCUCUGUGGUGGUGGUGGUGCUUGGCAUCGGUCGGCCUCGGUCUCUACCCUGUACAACGAAGAAAUUCUGUGAUUUUGUACGCUUUUAGAUGAGUCGGUUUCCUUUGUCAGUUGAGUCGUCGUGGUAGUGGAAGAAGUUGAGGAGUGUCGGUGGUCGAGUCUCUCUCACGGUCUCCCCCCCCCUCUCUCUCUCCCUCUCGGUGUACAAUUACUCAGCUGUCAAAGGCGGUGUAUAUUGGUUCGGCGGGUCGUGGCUGUAGGACGGUAGGAAGUACUACAGGGUUAUCUAUCGAGGUCGAGGAACACCCGAGUUGAUGUCCAACUUAGCGUGGAGGUAUUCUCGUACAGGUGGAUAGGAUAGUUUGUUAUAAGGUGGUUGAAAAAAGAGCGGAGAGCUAUCGAGGGACAUACUUCAGGUUGGUUCGAUUUCCAGACCUUGGAGAAUGGUCGAGUCCCUGAAUUGAUUAAAGAUUGUACUCGAAGAGGAAAAGAGCAGGUCAAGAUGCCGGGUGUUUUGUUAGACGAGCAGAACUAUCCUCUGGACAGCAUGCAACCCUCUUCUUUUUACGAGUCUUUGGCGGCCUUCUCUCCUCCGGUGUCUCACUCUCAGGCCGAACUUAUGCGCAACAACUCGUUCUCCGGUUCUCGGGACAGUUCUUCGUCUCUCUCGCACUCAGCACCAAUUUUCAGUCGGAGUCACAGCGCAAUCUCUUCGUCGGCGCUCCAGGGCUUCAGCAACUACUUUAGCCCUCCCACGACUCCCAAGAAGUCGGACAACGGAUUUUCUGGCGCGGCCUCAGAUUUGGGCGAAGACAUGUCAGCCCUUAUGGGAGACAAUGGAGAUGUUCUGGCCGGUCUUAACGGCGCCUCGGCGAGCUCGCCCUUGAGCAUGUCGACUGGCUCUCACCAUCGGGAGUAUCAAGCGGACCUCAGGACUUUCUUCGGCGGCAAUUCUUCAAACCUGAGUUCUCCCACGGUACAGGCCGGGAACGGUUCUUUAGACAAGUACAUUUCCUCCAAUGGCAACGACGAAGACGAUAACUGGGGAAGCACCGUGGUCGAUGUCUAUGCCUGCGAUCAAUUCCGCAUGUUCGAGUUCAAAGUUCGUCGAUGCAUGCGUGGUCGAAGUCACGACUGGACUGAGUGCCCAUUUGCUCAUCCAGGAGAGAAGGCGCGUCGAAGAGACCCUCGCCGGUUCCACUACUCCGGAACCGCCUGUCCUGACUUUCGUAAGGGUAGCUGCCGACGUGGAGACGCCUGCGAGUUCGCCCACGGCGUCUUCGAGUGCUGGUUGCACCCAGCGCGAUAUCGCACUCAGCCGUGUAAGGACGGAAGAAAUUGUCGAAGAAGAGUGUGCUUCUUCGCCCACACUCCCGACCAACUGCGACUGCUGCCUGCGGCUGCCCAGGCGGCCAGUGCUGCGGCCAGGAACGGAGGCAACUUCAGCUUGGCUACCCAACUGCCUCAACUGAGCGGAUCGUACGAUGGCUCUCCAGUGAGGAAUGGGGUCUCUUUCGACGGCGCUUACGGUUACGAUGCAAACCCUGCCGGAUGCGUCUCGCAUUGCCCACCUUCUCCUCACGGGAGCUGCCAGAAUGGGUCGCUCCAUGGGGGCUGCGGUCAUUUUGAUGGAGCCAUUGGAGGAAAUGCCAGUGCGCACAACGGUCAUUGCUGUGCUUCGCCUCACAUGUCGUCUCCGACAUCGACCUUGGUCGGUCAUUCCCCUUCUCCUCCCCCGUUGUCCCCUCCCCUUUCACCUUCGGGUUCUCCCCCUAUGUCACCCCAGUCUCCUCACCACUGGCCCAACUCCCCGGGCGCUCAAAGCCUUUCCUGUACAUCGUCCCAGAGCACUCUCCACGCCCAACAGGCCGCGUGCCUGCAGGCUUCUAUCCAGGCUUAUCCCUACUCUCAGGGUCCUUCCUCACCUCUCUCCCGUGGCACUAACAGCCAACAGGCGAUGUCAGCAGCUGCCGCUGCGGCGGCUCACGCGCACCAAACUCAGUCUCUGACGCCCCCUGCUCAUCGUCGACAUCUCGAUCGCCUGAAUUCGAUGCCCACUCUGUCCAUACCCCAGGUCGAUCACUCCCACUCCCGCAUGUUGCAAAAUGUUUCUUCACCACUGUCGUCGCCUUCGAGCUGUUCUCCCCCGUCUCCGGGCGUGCAACCGAACUCCAGCUCUCUGAGUGAUCUGUUGACGACUAUCCAGCAUCUCAACCUGAGAGGCAGCGCCAUACCGCUCUGGGUUCAGCCACAGCAAGGCCAAGGUGGCGCUCAGUCGGCGAACCAGUAUUCGAGUGGGCCCUCUCCGUUGAGACGAUGCUCUCAAAGCGUACCAUGCACGCCCACGAAGCUGAGAUGGGAGGACCGAGUGCCUCGAUGGGAGGUCGAUGACAACGAAGAGGCCGAGCCCCCAGCCCAACGAGUGGAGUCUGGUCUGGCCCUGAGAGCUAAAAUUUACGGAAGACUCGGCAAGGAAAACCGCAUGGACUCGGAGGAUGCCCCAGAUCUUGGCUGGGUGAAUGAGCUCGUCAAGGACGAGCGGCCGAGUGGGCAGCAGUGGUAAGUGCGACCCCCGCGCGCACGGGGCGAGCAUGAGGGAGGCGCGGGAUUGUAAAAAGUUUGGGAUAUGGUUGUCUUUCAUUCAGCGGUACCUGUAAUAUGGAAGUCGCCCGCUAUCUGUGGUCUCUCUUUUUUUUUUCAAAUUUCUUUUCCUUUUGACGGGCGUGCUGCACCUUCAGUGCUGAUGCCUGCGUAGCUCUCUUAAGAGGACGGGGCCCCUUCGGAGCAAACGCUACACCCAUCGUUGGAGGGGCUCCGUUCCGCUUAUCCAUGCUGUGGUGGGGAGAACCGUACAUUUGUGGAAUUCUUGGAUUUCUGUUGGUAUGAGGGGAGAGUGCGCUAGCCAUGGAUAACAACAUACAACAUCAUGUGAGGAGACGGUGGCUGGUGGAUCGACACCUGUGGAGAAGUCAUGGAGAUAGAACACAUGGAAGAUGUGCUGAUGCGCGACUAUCAAAAUCAGCCGUAAGGAGGAGAACGUUGGGAGGCGUUAUCUGAGUUGGCAGCGUUCUGGCGAGAAAGGUAUUCACAAGAGUUAUGGGGGAACUGCAAGGUAUUAUUCUUGGACAAUGACAUCGAGGAGAGCUUUCCUUUCUCAACCUCUUGAAGGGUGAGAGUGCGUAAGUGUUAGGGGGGUGGCCUGCUCCCAGCAGAAACGGAAGUUGCUGCCAAUUGGCGGAUGCGAGCGAUUCUUUAUUAAUCAAGACAAUCAUUUUUACUGGAGUUGUAGGGAAAUUUAUUUGUGAAUGAAUUCAUACGGAGGCCAGUGCCGCCUUUCUGCACACCUCUUCACAAACACAUCAGGGCAGGCAGGCAUGGAAGGUGGUUGCGCUGGUCAGAUGAUGCUGCGGUGGAGAAGACGACGAUCUGAACUGUGCGAUUGUGUUGGUGUGAAGAAAUGUGGACCGUCCAGGCUUGUAAAGGAGUGCCGAGGAUUAGCGGUAAUCAAUCGAACAAUGAGUAGGGGUAGGCACUGAUUGUAGGUCACUGUCGAAAUGGACAGCAUUGUUUGAGCUUUAGAGACGACAUAAAAGUAGAGCCGCAGUAGAGCUGGUGACUUCCAAGGUGACCUCUGCGGUGUAUAUUGAUAUGUAGCCAUUUUAUUAUUGUGCCUCUCAUGUCAGUUGGCUGCCCCUUCAGAGCCCAUAUGCGUGGGGUUGCCCACCGAUGUAGCUUUGUUUACUAGGAUCAUAGAUUAAAGUAUGAAAUAGGGCAAGGCCGUAUCCCUUCAAAUUUCAUACCACAACCUGUUCAUAGACAGACACUGUCCGCGACUUCAGAUUCAUUUUGUUACACACAUUUGUACAUUCAUAUCCAAUGACAUGAUUGCAUAUAGACAACCUUGUCUGUAAUACAUCUUGUUUUGACAUUUCAAUCUUGUCGUCCCGUCUUGAGUCCUUCUCC